AUAAUUUCCUACUCUUCAUUGAUCUUAUAAAGAGAAAAAAGAGAAUAAUGGGUGUGAUUGUUGAUGAGCAAGUACUCACAUGUUCAAUUCCACCAGCUAGGUUUUUCAAAGCUUUCUUUGUUGAUUCCCACAAUCUAAUGCCCAAGAUUUUGCCAACAGUUUUCAAGAGUAUCGAAUACACAGAAGGCAUUGGUGGACCUGGAUCCAUCAGGGUGCUUUCGUUCCACGAAGGAAAUGAGGUGAAGACCAUGAAGCAUAAGAUCGAGGAAAUUGACGAGGCAAACCUUGUGUACAAGUUCAGUAUCAUCGAAGGUGCUAACAUGGGUGUUGAUUUUGAGUCCGUCAAAUGUGUGAACAAGGUUGAAGCUGGUCCGGAUGGAGGUUGCGUUCUUAAAUCAACUGUCACAUACAACACAAAAGGAGAUAACGAGAAUGUGAUUCAAGAGAGUAUCAAGAAAGCCAAAGAGGGUCUUGUUGGAUUCUUCCAAGCUGUUGUGGGACAUCUACACUCCAACCCUGAUGCAUACAACUAAUUGAAAAAGCAAGAUUUCAAAGAAUAAAGAUGGCCUUUUGGUAUAUUAAGUGUGUGAUAUUUCGUAUGUUGUGGGUUUCUAAAUUAAUUGUGUGAUUUUCAAAUAAAAUUUUGAUGGCCAUCUAAUGUCCUUUUAAUGUUUGUGUGAACACAGAUGUUAUAUUGUACUUGUACCUUUGAAAAAUGAUCAAUAAAUCAUUUUACUUGAGUA